AUGUUUGGAAGUUACGGUACCGGAAAUGGUAAUGGUAACAAGUUGAAUUUACGAACUGAAAUCUUGGAAGGAUUAUUAGCGUCGAUGGGGGAGGGAAAAAAUGCAAAAGUAAAUUUAUUGAAACAAACAAUCAUGAGAAAUAAGACGGAUAUGGCGGGUGACGCAUUUCGUUCGCUUGAUUUAAUGCGGCAGGUUUUUCAAUCUGAAAUGACCGAUGAAUUUCGUCAAAUCAUUGAACGGCACUUAAGGACAACUUUCUCUCCAGCACUGGAAAAUCUUCAGAGAAAUGGACUGGAAGUAACAGAGGAUGAUAUUAAAUGCUUAUGUCGUAGCAUUCUUGAAGCAGCUAAAAAGCCAUUUUUAUGUGAAAAACAGAUGGAAGGUUUUUCAGAAAGAGGAUUAGAAUCUCCAAAUUUCCCGAUUAAUACUGAAUCGGAUAUGGAUAGCGAAACAAGUGUUGUUAAUUUUGUCGUACAUCAACGUUCAACAACAAUUCCUCCACGUGGAAGAAAGCGCGGUCGUCCUCCUAAAACAGAUAAUCCUGGUAGAAAUACACCGUCAUAUAUUCAUAUCAGUGAAAUGGUUACCGAAUCAGAUAUGGUUAAGUGGAAUCCGGAUCGUGUUUGUUCAUCAUCGCAGUUUAUUCUUGUAACAAAAGUUUCUCGAUUGCUGAUGCUGAACAAUUAUCACGAAUUAUUCAUGAGAUACCCAACCAUUUUCCGGUAUAGUAGUGAUGAAAUGGAUCGAAAAUGGCUAAUCAAAAAUCGAUUUACAACUCGAUUAAAUGGAAAAAUUUAUCUGUUAUUACUGAUUGAUGCUGCUGAAAUUGCUAGCGCUGAAGGACUUUCAUAUGUUGUUGAUGUCUUCAAAUGCUUCGCAUUUUAUGUUCCACCAUCAAUGAUCCUUAAAAUGAAGCAAGAAAUGCGAAAAGUUUUUGAUACUUCAAAAAGCAGUUGA